AUGCCAUCCGGAAGCUGCGCCUGUCGCCACAUCCGCUAUACGGUCCCUGUUCAGCCAAGCGGGCUAGUCAACUGCCACUGCGUCGAAUGCCGCAAGCAAUCCGGUGCACCCUACCAGGGCUUCAUCCACUUCCCAAAAGAUGCAGUCAAAUGGGACAAUAAGCCCACUGAAUGGCGUUCUAGUGAAACUGCUUCACGGUUCUUUUGUCCUCGCUGCGGCUCGACCUUGAUGAUGUCUCUAGACAGCGAGCCGUCCAGCCUGGGAAUCGCCGUGGGGACACUAGACGAUGACGGAAGUGUCCAGGUCCCACCGCCCGCAUCUCAUAUUUUCCUGAAGGAGAAGGCUUCUUGGUUCCAACUGCCUGAUGAUGGGGCGAAGAGGUAUCAAGGAUGGACGGAAUAG